UAUGUGAUGUGAUAUUUUUAUUAACAAUCAGAUUCCAUUUUCUUUAUAAGAAGACAACAUCUUAACUCUCCCACAACACCACCAUCAUCACAAACAACCCCAUUUUGUGAAUUUUCUUCAGCUAUUCUUUAUCUCCCAGAACUACUUUCCUUCCUGUUUUUCUUUCUCUCAAGCGCAUACAGCUUUUCUCAAGGAUACUUUUCACAUUAAGGAUUUCCCGCUCUCUGUGAACAAUCUAUCUGUGAACAAUCUAGCACACAAAAAUGGAGGAAGCAUCUAAAACCAUUGCAUACCAAAUCAGAGAUUUUGAAAUUCUGUUCUAGAUCGUUUGCUGUUGUUCAAUGGCGUCGGCUCAGGUGCUACCGAACAACUCUGCUUCGUCUCGGAAGCAAGAGCAUUUGGAAGCUGACAAGCGUCGGAUUCAAUCAGGAUCGAUUCCGCCUCUUUUGAGUGGAAAAGAUGUUCUUGGUGCUGCAAGGACUGGUUCUGGUAAAACCCUUGCUUUUUUAAUUCCUGCUGUAGAGCUUUUGUAUAAACUUAAGUUUAAUCCUCGAAGUGGAGCUGGUGUUGUUGUCAUAUGUCCCACUAGAGAGCUUGCUAUUCAGUGCCUCAUUGUUGAUGAAGCUGACAGGCUAUUGGAAGCAAACUUUGAGGAUGAAUUGAAGCAGAUUAUCAAGCUCCUCCCAAAGGUCGAUAUGAUUGUAGUUACCGAUGGGAGCAGAAUUCUGGGACUUGGAGAUCUUGGUGUUCAAGUAAUUGGCAUUGCAAUUGGGAAGCUUGAUCUAUAUGUUGCUGCUGCUGGCAUGAAUCCUCAAAGGGUACGUGGUUGCUUAAUGUUUCAUUGUUGGUCCUUUAAAACUGUUUAUGAUUUUCUUAUGAUUUAGUCAAUGUUUUAGAGUAGUGCUAGAAACACCCACUUUAACACUCCUUCCAACUCUGGCUCUCUUAUUGGGUGAAAUCUGUGGCUCUCUUAUGCUAAAAUUCUUUAUCUAAAAGAAUGGAGAUUACAAAAUAGAAUCUUUAUCACUUGGCUCAAAGAUCAACUUCCCUAUUGCUUAAGCUAUUUGGUUGAAGCCUAUAUGUGGUUUAAUAUUUCUAAGGACAACUCGUGUUAUAUAUUAUUCUAUAAUGUCCAUUGUACU